GGCGAUCCUUACAAGUACCUGUUCCAUGAUGUUUGUGGACACAGAGACAGACGUAUUGUUGAGGACUGUAGAGCAUUUGGCAGGCUGCGUUAGUGGGCUAGAGGUGAGCCUCAGUGGCAAGUAUGUGGCUCUGGUGAUGCGGACUGGAGAAGUGAAUGUAUACAGCAGCAGUCAACUGAUAUACGGUGGUAACACGUAUGCUUUGAUGUCUGAUGUCUGAGACCAAGAUCCCGUCUCCUAUAACCCAGGCCCCACUACCCACAAUGCAGGCAGAGGCUAACCGCAGAGAUCUGGCUCUCAUAGAUAAACAGGUGUGUGAUCUCAUAGAUUUGAAGCAUCUCCGACCAAUCCUAAAGGAGUUUGGUGAAUAUCCUGCCAGUUAUCGCAGUUUGAUAUGGAAAUCCAUAUUGUGUCUGCCAGAAAACCAGGGAGCAUUUGUUGCACUGAUUAACAAAGGAGUACAUCCAGCCUUCACGACGUUGGAUAAGGCUUUCCCCCUUACCAACAGGUCCAUGUUGAGCACUGUAAAAAGACUAGUAUCUUGCCUAGCCUACUGGUCACCAAUAUUCAUCAGAGUCAAAUACCUUCCAAUAUUUAUUUUGCCUUUCACCAGAGUAAUCAAACAUGACCAAUUCUCAUGUUUUGAAGCUGUCGUCACUAUUAUAGUGAACUGGUGCCAGGGAUGGUUUGACUUUGUGCCCUACCCCCCACUCAGUGUUUUGGAUCAAGUCAAGAGGCUCCUGACGUUGCACAAUGAGGAACUAGUCAACCACUAUAGUGACUGCAACGUUACCUCUGAUCUGUACAUCUGGUCGCUGCUCGAGACAGGCUUUUAUGAGGUACUGGGGUGGUCUGAGUGGCAACAGUUGUGGGACCAUGUGCUCUCAAAUCAUCCGGCGUUCCUGCUUUUUCUCGUCGUCGCUUUUAACAUAACGUGUCAUACUGCGCUAAUGUGUUUACAACAGACGGAUGACUUUGAACAUUUCUUUCACACAGAAGUGGUGGUCAACAUGAGUCAGCUGUUAUCAAAAGCUUACCAGUUGUGGUCAGAUACACCAGCUGAUUCACAUCCACGAUCGCAGUUAAAGUCCUUCAAGCCCUUGGUGAAGGGCAACAUGUACCAGAUAUUCACAGACUACCCCAAACAUCUGUUGGAUCAACAGUUAGACAAACUGAGCAACUUAUAUGAGGAGCAAGAAGCACUGGAUUCCCAGAAACUGGAAAUUAAUAAACAGAAACUUGAGUUGGAUGCUGAUCAGAGACAUGUGGAAGAAGCCAGGCUUCGGGAUGCUCGGCUUAAAGAGUUGGAAGAGAUGUAUAAGCAUACUCUGAGAAAAGAAGAAAGCCAUUUGGAUGAUCAAAGGAGAAGUAUAACAGCAACUCGAAGAGACUUGAGAGAGAAGGAAGUCUUCGUGCGAUCGCAUACUCUGGAUAAAACGCUGCAAGACAAAGCUACAAAAUAUGCUCAGCUAGAACAGCUUAUGGAGCAGAUUGGAGAGAAGAAAAGUACUGCAGGGUUCCAGUCUAGCACCAGUUGGGGAUCCUCACAACCGUCAACUGAUCCCAGCUUGCUCAGGAUACAACAUGCUUCUGUGGUUCAUCAUUUAUCCAAGUUGAAGAGGCUUUAUCAGCAGUCAAAUAUGACUCAACCGCAGCUGAAACAUUGUAUCAUCAAGUUUGAAGAUCUUCUUGUGAGAAUUGAGACUGCCUUGGAGUUAGAGCAGUCCACAAGACAACCUAGGUCCUGUCAGAGUCAGCAGGUUUUGAGUCUGGAGGAGGAGACCCAAGCUCUUGAGGAUGAAGCACAGGAGCUGCUGAGAAGAUUGUCGUUGUCAUCAGAGACCCACCAAAACCCCAUUUGUUUGAAAAGAGGGCAGUCCUCGUGUUACUGUUGUGGAGAUAGCAAGAAGUCUCAAUAACUUCGUGAUCUACAUUGUCUCUAUUCAGUGCCUGUAUCCA